UUAAGUGCAGCUCUUAAACUACACUAAGACGUAGAGGCUCUACAAGGUAUCUCCAGACAGUUUUUAGCCGAACCUGAACAGCGUGACACCAGUGUGUGUGUGUGUGUGUCUGUUGAGAAUGAAGACUAUCCAAGCAGUGCUGCUGCCGUUGCUGUGUAUCGGUUUGGGUUUGAUCGCAGCAGAAAGUGGAAUGCAAAAUGGGGCUGGUGGUGCGACCUCCGCAGAGCAGCAGACCUGCCAGCCGGACAUCCACACCGUGCUGCGAGAGAUGAGCACCCAGCUGGCAGAGCAGAGAGUGGAGCUCAGGCACACCCAAGCACAACUGGAGACCAUGGAGAAGAAGGCAGAGACCAUGGAGAAGAAAGCAGAGACCAUGGAGAAGAAGGCAGAGACCAUGGAGGCAAGACUGAGAGACAGUGAGGGUAAAGCAGAGACCAUGGAGGCCAGACUAAGGAACAGCGAGAAGACAGUCGAAGAGCAAAGAGUGGCACUGAGACAGGCAGAAGCCAGACUGAGUGACACUGAGAGAUAUGUGGAGCAGCUGAAAAGUGUAAAUCAGGCUCAGGUUCAAAGUCUGAACCUCACAGGGAGACAAGUGGAGGAGCUGAGAAUGGAGAGGCAGAACAGGAGGGUGUCCUUCUCUGCCGCUCUGCAAACAACUGCUGCUGGCCAACAUACAGGACCCUUCUCUGUUGCAACUCCUCUGGUCUACAGACAUGUUUUCACCAAUAUAGGCGAGGCCUAUAACCCAAACACAGGAGUUUUCACAGCUCCGGUCCGAGGUGUCUACAUGUUCUUUGUGUUUCUUCAUGCAGGAGGCCAUGCGUCUAACAAUGGAGGAGUCACCCUGCAUAAAAAUGGAGACCAUGUUGUCAUUGCUAGCGCUCACCAGACGAGCCACAGUGUGAAUCCCUCUAAUGGAGUCUCUCUGCUGCUGGAGGUGGGAGAUGUGGUGUACGUCAAGCUGUGGCCCAACUCAUGGGUGUGGGAUAGCUACGCCCACCACACCACCUUCUCUGGCCAUCUGCUCUUCCCUAUGUAAAUGUAGAAUUGUACAGUAUAGAAAUAGAUAUGGAUUGUUUCCUGCCGUGUUGUAACGGUAGGGCACUGGGUUACUACGCCGGCGAUCCGGGUUCGAUUCCAGCCCGGGUCAUUUGCCAAUCCUUCCCCAUCUCUCUCUCCCAUAUAUAUAUAUAUAUAUAUAUAAAGGAAAUAGAUACAGAUUGUAUUGACCUCAAAAUAAAUUAAAGCAACAUUCCAUCAUUUUUGUAAAUGGGCUGAUUUUAUACUUUUAUACUUAUAAACCCUCAAGUUGAGUGAUGAGUUUUACCUUUCUACUUUUCUUACAGCCGUUCUCUGAUUUUGGUGAAAUCACUUCUUAACAUGUAACAUUGAAUCGAAUGGAACCAGUUGGAGACAUUUAGUUACUGGUACCCUCUCGAAAUAAAGGAUUAUUGACAAAAGAUAGAGGCUAUGUUUUAUUACAUAAUGCUUGCGUGCCAAAUGGUACUCUGAGGCGGUGCCCAAACUCUUGCUGUGACAACUGUAAAAUACCACUACAACUACUUCUACUACUACCACUAUUAAUAAUAAUAACCUAACCCUCCACCCUCCCCCUCAAUCCUCACGGUGCUAUGCAAAUGAAGGAUGAAAAACCCCAAAACUAAUCACCAUGACAGUCCCAUGAUGAGGCUAUGAGAGCAGGGCACAGGCUGUCCAUUCUUGCAUCUUCACCUCCUGCCUGGCACAUGCUUACUAAGGCUAAUGAGAAAAGUGCAGAACCUCAAUGUGACUUCACGCCUCCUCCAUGCAUGAAUGCCACAGCCUGAAUAUUAACCUCAUCCUUUUAUCCAUUAUUUCAUUCAUUGAAAUGAAUUGUAGAUAAUGCAUGGAAGGUGAUUUCACCGAUU